AUGGGGGCAACAACUCGUCCUCUCCUCGCCUCGGCGCUGCUUGCUGGCGCCGUCAUUCUAGCACUUGCGCCGGCUGUCGUGCUUGCGCAUGGCGACGACGAGGCUAUGAACAUGGAAGACGAAGAUGGGAUGGGCGGAAAUAUGACGGCUCUGCCCUACGGCAAUGCCACCGUCUACCUGCCGUCAUACUUCAGUCACACUGAGCACCGUACCGAGAUCGUCAUCCACAUUGUGCUCAUGACCCUUGGUUGGGUCUUUGCACUGCCUGUCGCGGUCAUGCUGUCUCUUGCGCGGUCUCGCUACACUCUGGCGGCCCAGCUUGUCUUCCUGACUGCCAAUGCAGGCGGCAUCCUCUUCUCGACCACAUAUAACGCCAAUACGCCGGAUCUCUACCCAAACAACGCCCACCACAAGGUUGGCUGGAUCGUCACCUGGGUAGUGUCUGCACAGGUUGUCAUCGGCCUGCUGGCCCGUGUGGCCGGCACCUUCAAGGCCACCGGCCGCAGCGACAGUAAUAGCGAAAUGGACGAGAUCCACAGCGGCGAGCGCUGUGCCUUCAUCCCCGUCUCGACUGAGGCCAUGGCCCGCCACCACAGUCAGCAUGUCUCCGACUACCGCAUGUCCAAUGACAGCGGCCAAGGCACCGAGCCAAAGACGGAGUCGCUGCGCAGCAACUCGCUGUCGACGCUCGACAGUGCUCUCGACCGCCAGAGCUUCGAAGGCCCCAGCGAAGACCGCCGGCUUCACCACUUUGACGACGACGAUAAUGACGACCUGGAGGCCCGCCUGCCCUCAUCCACGCCGAACCGCAGCGGCCGCGUGUACGCUCUGGCCGGUAAGGUGGCCGACAAGAUCUCUUCGCGGGCCUGGCGCUUCCUCAUGCUGGGCUACUCCGCUGUCGACCGCAUCAUCCUGGUUCUGGGCUUCAUCACCUAUGCGCUGGGCAUUAUCGCCUACGGGCGCUUCUUUGAAGGCCGCCUCGUCUUCAACGGCCUGGCACACUGGAUCAAGGGCGGCGUGUUCUUCUGGCUGGGCAUCGUCACUCUUGGCCGCUGGGCUGGCUGCUUCGGUGAGCUGGGCUGGGCUUGGAACGUGCGGCCAAAGACGUUGUCGCAGAAGUGGCGACCGUCUGCCGAGUUUACCGAGAGCUUCCUGAUCUUCUUCUACGGCGCCACCAACAUCUUUAUGGAGCAUCUGGGUAACGACGACGGCAAGUGGCAUGCAAACGACCUGGAGCACUUUUCUAUCACCGUCCUAUUCCUCGGCGGCGGCCUCUGUGGCAUGUUGAUCGAGUCCAGGUACAUUCGUGACCUGCUGAACACAACGGUCAGCGAGGCCGCUCAUGAGUACCCAGAACACACCUAUCACGAGGAGGAGCGCGAGGCCCUGCGCCCACCGCCUCAAUACGAGUUCUCCAUCAACCCUCUUCCCACGCUCGUCAUCAUGCUGCUCGGCUCCAUGAUGAGCUCGCACACCCAGGCAACCAUGAUUUCCAGCAUGAUUCACCGGCAAUGGGGCAACCUGCUGUCUACUGCCGCUGUUGCCCGCGGUCUCACUUACGUAAUCAUCUACCUGCGUCCGCCCAAGUCGAUUCUUCCGUCGCGGCCACCGACCGAGCUUAUUGCCUCCUUCGGACUGAUCGCGGGUGGACUGGUGUUUAUGGGGAGCAGUGCUGAUACGGUCAACGGGAUGAUCCACUACAAACUCAACGCGAUGUUUGUCUUCACGGUGACGAUGGGCCUGGUCUCCAUGCUGAUGGCCUGGGUCCUCGUGGUGAUUGCCCUCAAGGGUUGGGCGGUCCGCAAAGAGCUGGGCCGGCCGGCCGGCUCCUACCAGCUCUCCUGA